AUGCAGAUGCUGAAACUUUUAUCAAGAGGAGAGUACAAGACGAAUGAAGGGUACCAAGCUUUGGUUACUGCUAAACAGUCGGUGAAGUGGUACAAGGAAGUCUGGAAUAAGAUGGCAAUACCAAAACACAUGUUUAUAUUAUGGCUUGCGGUACUAGAUAGGAUGCAGUUGAAAGAGAGGCUAUUCAGAUUUCAAAUAGUUCCAGAUGAAAAUUGUCUGCUAUGUGGAACAAAAAAGGAAACCAUAGAACAUCUGUUUUUCGAUUGCCAUCUGUGUUAUCAAGCGCUGAAUCAAAUCAAGGAUUGGUUAGGAUGGCAUACAGCAGCAAGCACAAUACCGAAAAUACUGAGAUGGGUAGCUAAGGCAAGGAUGACAAGGUUCAGAAAGCAAGUGUAUUCAACUACAGUUGCUGCUCUGGUUUAUCACCUAUGGUGGUGUAGAAAUGAGGCUCUGUGGAAUCACAAAGUGUAUAGAGUGAGCAUAGUUGUAAGAAGAAUUCAAAGUAAUGUAAAAAAUAGAGUUAGGAGUUAUAUGCCGAACAAAAUACAACAUAUAGAUCAAGAUUGGUUUGACCAGCUGUAA